UCUUUCCUUCUUCUUUACCGGUGGUAGGCGCCUUCUUCCCUCCAUCACCAAUGGUGGGUGCCUUCUUUUCCUCCUCUUUACCAGUGGUAGGCGCAUUAGCGUCACUGCUCUUGUCUUCAGCGCUCCCUUGGUCGUUCUCAGAAACCUUCUUGCCUCCCUUGCUGUUAUUAUCUUUGUCAACUCCUUUGUGCUCCUCGUCGUGCUUACCCUCCACGCCUUCAUGAUUAUUGCCGCCUCCCUGAUGGUUCUUGCCAUAAGGGUCAUUCUUAUCACUCUCAUCAUUGUCAUUGCUCUCUUUGGCUUUAUUGCCAUCAGGACCUUCCUUCUUUCUGGGUCCAUCAUUAUGAGCCUCUACAUUAUGUUCACGAUGCUUGGUAGCUCUCUUGGGUUCAUCUCGCUUCUCUAAGCCAGUACUAUAAGAGCGGUGCCCAUGGAUGGAUCUGUCGACAUUAAUAGCUGC